AUGUCCUCCGCGGAAGCGAUACCCUCUCUUCCGCAAGGACAUGGUCUGGGUCAUUCGAGAGGCCGUGGCCACUCCCGCCGCUCGACGCCGAUAUCCCAGUCAAUCUCCUCCUAUGCGCCUCCCGCAGCCCAGCAGCAGCCACGGCAGUCGGUUACAAGUCUGAAUGGGCUGAACGGGUGUGCUGAGGAUUCAAAACAAGGGGAACAUCAUCAUUCGCACUCCCAUACUUCCAACGACCAUGAUCAUAGCCACCAUGGCCAUUCUGAGUCGGCGCCCGUUGCUCACGCUCACAAGAGCCUUGGGUUACAAGCAGAAUCUACAACAAAGCUACGCCAUGAGGUAGUCGCAGGACUUAUGAUCGCGCUGCCAUGGGUCGCUUUGUCCUGGUUCUACCAACAUUAUGCGCAAUGGACGCAAACCGAAGCCGACUCGACAUCGUCUGUCGGGAACAUAGACCUGAUUACCUCUCGGACGCUUGGGUUGACCGCCGCAACAUUGAUUUUGUAUGGAGGCUCGGCUUUGGCUCGUGCGAACCAGCGCGGGGGUGAUUCUGCUACGAAGAUGCCCAACCUGAACCCAUCCACAGGGGUUGUUGCACUCAGUCAGAUAUGCUCGAUCGCUUUACCCAUAUACGCGACCCUGAAAGUUGGCGGGUUUGUUGUCGCUUUUUCUUUGGCCAUCGCUGUGGGGUCUGGACUGCCUGCACUUAUUCGCGGCCAAGCUUCUGUCACCAACCAAAAGGGCAGACAGAGCUUCAAGAAGCUGACUGCUGCUUUUAUACCUCUGGUCGUGCUUCUGAGCUUCCUCGGCAUGAACGCAGUGUGGGACAGUGCGCCGUUCUUCGGGUACAUCGCCCUACUUGCUUCGGUCUUUGUCAUUCGCCCGCCGUUUUCUACAAUCCCUAGUGCGCCCGGCAGUGGGCUUGGAAUCUCGAUGUCUGGUCAAACAAAUGGCUAUGCGCAGACACUUUCAGCGCCAGGCAACUCCUCGCGAGACCCCAUGAUUGCUGCCCUGUCUGGCAUUGUCCUGGGAAUCAUGACUCUGUUCACUACAAGAAGCUUCUCAUUUGGGACUUUUGAUAUUGUACACAUGCUGGGAGCUGCGGGCUCCUUGGCUACAUGUUUGACGUAUCUCGACGUCUCCAGUAUAAAUUCGCCCCGCAAAAUAGGUGUUGCUGUUGCCACAGGCAGUGCUGCUUUGUUUUGCUCACCACCGGUUCAAGACAACAUCUACAGUGUUUAUAUCAUUCGAGCUUUGCUGGCUAUUGGAUCUUUCUUUGUCGCAAAAUUCGACGAUAAACGUUCAACCUCUGACGAACAUAGUCACCAUCACCACCAUGCACACUCAACACCGAGUUCCUCGCGAGCGACGAAGAUAAUUCUUCGAUACAGCGAGCCUUAUCCUCUACUGCACAGCAUACUCAAGGAGCGCGACUCCCGCCGCAUCUUUUAUUUCAUGAGUCUAAACUUCAGCUUUAUGUUGGUUCAGCUAUCUUACGGCAUCAUAACAGGCUCACUUGGGCUGCUCAGUGAUAGUAUCCACAUGUUCUUCGACUGCCUGGCGCUUGUAGUUGGACUGUGUGCUGCUGUUAUGAGCAAGUGGCCGCCGAGUACUCGGUUCCCUUACGGUUAUGGUAAGGUAGACACACUUUCGGGGUUCGCGAACGGGAUCUUCCUCAUGAUCAUCAGCGUCGAAAUCAUAUAUGAGGCGGUGGAGAGGCUGUCGUCAGGCAGCCAGAUGCAUCGUCUGGGUGAACUCCUGGCGGUCAGUGUAGCCGGCCUUCUUGUGAACCUUGUCGGAAUUAUGGCCUUCGAUCACGGGCAUGCGCAUGGACAUGACCACGGGCACGGGCACUCGCAUUCUCACGGAAACGAGAACAUGCAUGGGAUUUUUCUUCACAUCCUAGCGGAUACCCUCGGCUCCGUUGCUGUUGUGAUCUCGACUAUUCUCGUGCACUACUCCGGCUGGGCAGGAUAUGACCCUAUCGCAUCUUGUAUGAUUGCAAUUUUGAUUUUUGCUUCGGCUGUGCCCCUGGUCAGUAGCACAGCCAAGAGUUUGUUGCUCACUCUGCCGGCUGAUGUGGAAUACAACGUCCGUGAAACCCUUGCCGGCGUUAGUACGCUGAGGGGUGUAGUCGGCUACACUGUGCCCAAAUUCUGGUUGGAUGAUACAGAGAAGUCCUCGGGCCACAGUCACGCUCAUGAGCACACCCAUACCCAUGACCACAACCAUGAUCAUUCCCACUCCCACAGCCAUGACCACCAUGACGAACACGAACACGACCAUGACCACCACGACCACUUGCACGAAAGUCACGCCCCACCAGUCCUAGGCGUAAUCCACGUCACAGCUUCCCGCGCCGCAGAUCUAGAAGACGUCCGGAAACGCACCGUCGAUUUCCUCAAAGAGAAGGGAAUGGAUAUCCUCGUUCAGGUUGAACGAGAAGGCGAAGGGCGCUGCUGGUGCGGAGGAAGCGGCACUGGAAAUGGAAGCAUUGGUGGCGGUAAUAAUCUCAAGGCUUCCUAG